AUGCCUGCAACAGAUAAUCAAGGUUCAUUUCUGAAUCGAAUCAGUAUCCGUCGAAACCAAGUGGUUUCGAUGGAUGGUAACCAUGAACAAGAGCUGGAGGACCUCGAGCUUUUUCAGAAACAUGUGGCGGAUAGGUUCGCCGAUCUGUUGUCUCAAUCUGAGGACACUUUAGGCGAUGAGCUCCUAUCCAUCUCGUGGCUACGCAAACUCCUCGAUGUGUUUCUGUGCUGCGAGGCUGAGUACAAGGCCAUUUUGUUAUUGGGUCGGGACCCUUCUCAGAUUUCGAAGCCCCCACUUGAUAAACUCGUCCCUGAGUUCCACGAUCGAGUGGUGAAAGCUCUCGAUGUUUGUAAUGCUGUGUCUCAUGCUGUCGAGACCGUGAGGAAUUACCAGAAGCUGGCUGAGAUUGCUAUGGCCGCGUUGGAGCAGAGGCCAAUUGGAGAUGGACAGGUUCGUCGAGCGAAGAAGGCUUUGAAUUCUCUGAUGAUAUUGCUCGAAGAAAAAGAGGGCAGCAACCAUAAAUGGACGAAGUUCUUAAGCAAUAAAAAACCCUAA